UGCGGACCGAAUAAAAUGAAAAUGAAAUUACUUUUUUAUUUAUUUUUCAAGUCAUUUUGUAAGUGAAGUAAUAAUCGAACAAAAAUAGGACUUCCACGUAACUUAUUUAUUAUAUUUUCUAUCAUUGUUUACUCCAUUUGUACUUCUAUUAUUACGGACUUAUGACCACUUGUAAAGAUUUUCUGAAAAUGGCUUUUUCUUGUAAUCGAUACAGAUUAAUUGUUGUAAUAUUGCUGUCGUUAAUAAUGUGGCAGCUGUUUAGCAUGUUCCCGGGAAAUUCUGGGCGAGAUGAGAAACUGUCUCAGCCUGGAAUAGUGGAACUAGAGGAUGAUAAGUUUAACAUACAUAAACAGGACAAGGUGAAAGUGCGGGUAUACUAUGAGGCACUGUGUCCGGACUCCAGGCAUUUCUUCAUGAAACACCUCUGGCCGGUCACAGAAAAACUGUCAGAGUUCCUAGACAUAGCUCUUAUCCCUUAUGGAAAAGCAACUACCAAAGAGAAAGAUGGAAAGUAUUAUUUCGAGUGUCAACACGGUGAGACUGAGUGCUACGCGAACAAGAUCCACGCUUGUUCUAUCGAGGCUAUAGCUAACAUGACAAGGGCAGUGAAGUUUACAGAAUGUAUGAUCCUGGAUAACAGCGACCCAGAGGAAGCUCUCUCAAGGUGUGCAAAAGAGAUGAACGUAGACCCAGACCCCAUCAGCACCUGUUCAUCUAGUGAGCACGGAUCGAAUCUACUGAAGAAGUACGGAGACGACACCCAGAUUAUUGACCCAUACUUCAUUCCUACUAUAACUCUUAACGGGUCGAUACCAAAAAAAACUUUGCCCGCGAUUCUCAAGAAUUUCCUUCUCGAGGUGUGCAAGCGGAUCGCCAUGCCGCUGCCGCCCCCCUGCUUGUGACAUCCCCGACGAAGACGAGUGAGGCAUCAGAUGCUAAAGUUAAAAACAUGAAUGUGAAGCCAAAACCUAAGUAUUGAUCAUGGACAGUGUGACGUUUUCAGGAGAUCGUCAAUUUGAUGACGUUGUUAUACCUAUAAGCAAACAGCAUCUUUACCUAUGUAAAUGCUAAAGGCAUCUAAAUUUUGACAAUUACGGUAAAUGACCCAUGUAUUUGUCGUUAGCAACUAUUCUUAUAGCAACUGCCGCCUAAACACAUUCACUGCCAAGAACACGUAUGUGUGUUCAUUUUGUCUGGAAACGGGGCGCCCGGCACCGAAAGUGUAAAAAUCAGGUUGAAGGAAACAACCACCUGGGCCCAGUUUUAUAAAGUUACAAGUUACAGGUUACAAGAGUACAGGCUACAGGCACCUGUAAUGCACUGUGAACGGCUACAGGUGUUUUAUAAAUACACAUAAAUAAUUACAGUUGUAAAGAACCACGGUCAAUCUCGAUUACAUGUGAAAUCUACAGGUGUGAAGGACAUCACUAUUUUUAAAAAAAAGUGUGUCAUAGAUACUCGGUUCUCUACUAAAUUAUGUGUUUUUGUUUGCUGUAAAAUAUUAAUUACUGGAAAAAUGGCCAGAAAUGAAGGAAAAAUCGAGUGGUUGAGAGCGGCGUUCCAUGCCAAGGAUAUACUUUUUGGGCCGUUUUCAGAUUCAGAUUAAGUUAGAUUUAAUGAAAUAUUUACGUAAUAAGUAAAUAACAUGUAAAUAAGUAGGUACUCUUUCACAUUCUUACAUUAAAAUGUAUCGUUUCGGUAGCGGCUCAAAGAUAAAUACGGUGUGUAUCGAAAAUUAUGAAUAGUACACUUUACCAUAAUGUGAAUGCACUAUACUUAUAUAAAGAGACGAAUGCUAAUAAAUCAACGACAAAUAUCGGCAAUAAUCCCUUUCCAUUUCCUAGUAGAUAAAAUAAAACGAAUCGUCAAUAAAAUCAAUAUCAAACAUAUUGUCACUUUAUUUCCUAUUUACUAUAUAUUUCAGAUACAUUAACAAAAACUGAUAAGGUCAGUGCAUGGAAAAGUAUGCAUGCCCUGGCACAAUCGUUGGCGUUGGUGCUUAACAAUAAAGAGUAAAGUUUAAAAUCUCUCAGAAAACGAGUCUACAAGUAACUGCUGUUGUGCUGUUACAGGACUCAAGACGUAUGUAAGUUUUUGUUACAAGUGUACCAAUCUACACUUGUAAUUUACAAUUUUUUUAUAAAACGCCUGUUCGAUUAUGAGUUUAAAACUAUAAAACUCCCGUAUUUUCGUCUAUGGUUGAGCUACAGGCACUUGUACCUGUAACCUGUAAAAUUGUAACACAGUACUUUUAUAAAACGCAAAUUGUAAAAAACGGAGCAAGUGUUGCCAGUAAACGCCUGUAAACUUGUAACUUGUAACUUUAUAAAACUGGGCCCUGACCGAUAGUUCAUAUGUACAGUCAGCAGCAGAAGUUGCUAAGCGGGCGAGGUGUUCAAAAUUACCUUGACGCACUCUUAUUCUCUUAACAAUAAAGUCGAGUCAAGAUCAUUUUGAACACCUGGCCCGCUUAGCAACUUCUGCUGCUGACUGUACUACCUUACUGUCUAUUGACUUAGGGCCAGUUGCACCAACCACAUUUGACAGACUGAUCAACGUCAGCCGGCGCGCCCCGGCGCUUUACUAUGAAACUUUCCAUACAUAAAAAUUUAGCGAACUCUACAGUUUGGUGCAACCAACCCUUAGUGGUAUGUUUUGCGCGACAAUGACAAAUUUCAAGGCUCAAGUAGACUACUUAUACCUACAAGUAUUUAUUCCGAAGCAAUUCAUGUCUCAAAAGUGUAUUGAGCAUUUAUUUUAUCUUUAUCACUUAUGCAUAGUUUAUUUAAUAGCUUGGAAUAGGUACAUUUAACGCGUUUUAAAUUUAGCGUACAGUUUUUGUACUUAUGAGCACUAUUGUGUUUUUUUUUACAAAUGAAAUGUAACAAGUGGUAUUAUAAUUUGUUUUGCUUUGAUAUUUCUCAAAACUUAUUCUUUUAUGAAAUUGCUAAGAAAUAACAAGAAAUAGGUAAUGGACAUUUUGUAUAUCGGUGGUUUUUAUAGACCUCAGUAUUAUAUUAAUACUUUAAUUCAAACAUAUAUGAGUAAUUAUCAAAGACUUUCGAUCUUCAUUCGUUCAUGCGUUUCUCCGUAGCAAAGGAUCCUCCUCACAUAUAUUUUUAUAAGUACUUUCCGCAAGACAGAAGAAGAAACAUAAUUAGCAUAAUGGCUAUUGCCAGUCUUUAUUUAGGUACUAGACUAUUAUUAAAAUGAAUCAAAUGAUUAAUUAAUAAUCUAACGAGAGAAAUAUGUACAGUAAAUACACACUUAUUACAAUGCAAUCAGAAAAAAAUGUACCGAGUAUAAGUGUGUGGUCACUUUUAUAACACGCACAAUUAAUAAGACGUUUUUAACUACAUAAAACGUAAUAAGGCUAUUGAAGUAUUAUGUAUGUACCUAUACAACUUGAAGACUUUAGAUUAAUAAGUUGUACCUAAUAAGUUUUUAAGUUUCCUAUGCAGUAAAUAUGUAAACUUACUUACUACAGGCAAAAUAGAAACUUGUCGAUGUCUUUUAGAAAUAAAAACUAUGAACACCUAUCAUAAACCAUAUUAAACUUAAUUCACAUUACAUUACGUCAUUACAAAGUACUUUAUUUAAUUCCAUUUUUACGAGUCUUAUGCCUUGCGUUUCGUAAGCUUACAUACAUAUAUUACACUAUAUGUCUUAUCUUUUAUAAGUGUAAUACCUAUAUAUUAUUAUUUUAACUACUUAGAUAUAAAUAAUGUAUUACCUACUAUGUCUUAACAAGUUCCUCUUGACUUCGUAAUGUGUUAAUCUUUUAGUGAUUCAUAGAGGCUUUUUAUAUAUUUUUUAUUACUUACGAAGGGCAGCAUUUAAUUUUAAAUAUUCUACGUUUAGUUUAUUAUUGUAUAAUAAUCGGAAUAGUUAGGAAUGUUACAAAGGACUAUCCUUACCAAUAUUAUAAAUGCGAAGUAACUCUGUACGAGUAUGUCUGAAGGUCUGUUGGUUACCUCUUUUCAUUUUUUUGGUAAUUUGGUAAUGAAAUUUGGUAUGGAGAUAGUUUGAGUUCCAGGAAACGAUAUAGGAUAGCUUUUCAUCAUCAUCAUCACGCAGACGAAGUUGCGGCAGAAACUAGUUCUACAUGUUUUAGUAUAACUAAGCUAUUUUUGCAGUGUGGACUGUAAUGUAUACGAGUACUUAUUAUAUUUUGCUCAAGUGGCUCUCUGCGCUAAAAAUAUUUUUGACUAACCAGAGGCAGUUGCCACUUAGGUAGUUAGUUACCUUACCUAUGAUAAGUAAUGUUUAUCAGUGGAAGGUCCAUAGAUUAAUAGAAAGGUAAAUUUGCUCAACUCAUAAUGUCAUUUUUAUACAACGCAUGAAAUCAAUGAGUUAGCAAAACAAAAAAGAAAACCCAAGUCACGUAAAAAAAAUGCUUUCGCCAAGUCUUUUUCGCUCAUGUGUUUUAAUAGCUUUAAGGCGUGAGAGGGCUUACCGAGAAACACUUCGUUCGUCUCUUUUAAAACGCGCAAGAAUAAUAGAGAGGCAGAUAAAGAAAUUUCGAUUUUCGAAUUUCGCGGUAGGCCCGCAGGUCAUUGACAUCUCUUUUUUUACGGAUUAGGUAUAAGUAUACGCCAGACGAUGUAUCUUAGCAGCGGUCCUCUCCACAUUUACCCUAUCGAGUGAGAUAUCGCCAAAUCAAAGUGGUAAGAUAACAACUAUAUAGGUACUUUUGUGACAAAGUUAAUCCAAGAUAACUCUGCACCCACUUGACAAGCGCAGAGUAUGGCGGUGCCGCAAUAAACGUAAAAAUUCUAAGAAAAUAGUGGUAACACAACACUUUUUUGAUGCCGAUUCUGUGCAGAGUUACAUUAGUUAGACAGAGUCUAGCACUAGCAACAAUCUAAAAUUUACCUGUAUUGUUUGCUUAUAUUAUCGCCUAUAAUCUGUUGUAUUAGAUUAAGUAUUAUAUUUUUAUAAUUUUAGGUUGCAAUAUUAAAUUUACUUUUAUCCGAUAACUUAUAUUUUUAAUAUGGUUGUGUUGUAUCCGAGUCGUAGUCAAUAGUGGUUGUAUAAUUACGAUUAAUUUAGUUUGGAACAACAUUGUUAUUAGUGAGAUUAAUUAAAAAGCUUGCCCAUUAAUUUAUAUAGGUAAGUUAUAUUUAAUCAUUUAUGUAAUAUGUUGGCGUGUAAUCAUUAACAAUGUGGAAACAGUAUACCUGCCUGGGCCAAAUUUUUAGAAGUGCUUUGGACAUUACUUUAAUUCAAGUAUAGUAUAGGUAUAAUCAUUUAUGGCGGUAUUCAUAAACGCGCUACAAGUCUCAAUUAGCUAAAGUCUGAGGGCCUACCGCGAAGCACGAUCGAAGUGUUGCCUCUCUGUUCCACUUGUAAAUUCGUACGUAAGUGUGACAGGGAGGCAACACGUAGAACGUGGUUCGCGGUAGGCCCUCUGUCCGGAAAGAGAAGAGUCGUGGAAUGUAUAGGGCCCCAUACAUUCCACGAAUCUUCUCUUUCCGCACAGACUAGUAAUCGUUUAUCUUAAUCUGUCAUUUUUAUUUAUGUAUCUGCACGUAAGAAAUUUAUACAAACACACAAAUUAACGAAUUGAGGCUUGUAAAGUUUGAUGAAUGAAAAAGGGUUAAACUGCCCAUAGGCAGACUUCGAGUCUUUCAUGAAGUAGGUACACACUAAUGCAAGCGUUCAUGAGAACUACCGGGAAAAACGAAAUUCGAAGAUGGUCUAUCUUGCCCCAUUGGAUCGAUCUCGAAUCAAUUUCGAUUUUCGUAGUUCGCGGCAGGCCCUCAUGCUUAUACGUUGUUUAAAAUAGGAUUUUAUAAAAGUCGUCUACCUACAUAAAACAUAGACUGUCAAAUCUCGAUACUAUCGAUCGAGGGAUGGGCGGUCAAAUCCGAUAAAUUGAGAUAUUUUGACAGUUAAUAUAGAACUCUACGCACGUCACAUAUAGUUCUAAUUUUAAAAACCCAUUUGCUGGAAUUAUCGGGUUUCGCACCGCACAUUCCGCACAACCCUCGCGAUUCUAUGGUGCGUUGUAUUGUCUUUUCAAAUUCGUGAUUUGUAUUUAAGUAUAAAGGACAACUUUAGACUGAAUCCGUUUUUUAUUGUUACCUAUAUGCACGGAUUCUAUGAUAAGAAUUUAAUUUAUUAUUAUUGCCUAUUUGUGCCGUGUCCAAGCAAAAGGUAAACCUACAUCGUCGGUUGUCCAUAAGGGUUAUCGAUUAUUUAACUAGUUGCACCAUUCUGAGCGACGUCAAAUGACUGCUCAUUUUACAUCUGUGUAGAUAAACUGGGCAUUCGUAGGUAUGUUGCAGUAUGUAAAAGGCAUAGGCACAGCAUGACAAAAAUAAAUCAAAAUCAAUUCUGAAA